AUGUGGCGGGGACUGUGGACCCUGCGGGCUCGGGCGGCACAUGGGCUUCGCAGACCGUGCUCGCGUCUGGGCAGCGGCGCCCCGUCCCCCGGCUCCGGAGCCACCAUCUUCGCACUUAGCUCGGGCCAAGGCCGCUGCGGCGUCGCGGUGAUCCGGACCAGCGGCCCGGCUAGCGGCUUCGCCCUCCAGAGCCUCACGGCGGCCAGGAAACUGCCCCCGGCCCGUAGCGCCCGCCUGCGGCUGCUCAGCGACCCGCGCUCCAGAGAGCCGCUUGACCGCGCCCUGGUAUUGUGGUUCCCAGGUCCCCAGAGUUUCACGGGUGAAGACUGUGCGGAGUUCCAUGUGCACGGAGGCCCUGCGGUGGUUAGCGGAGUCCUGCAGGCCCUAGGACACGUGCCAGGGCUGCGUCCAGCAGAGGCAGGCGAGUUCACCAGGCGGGCGUUCACCCAUGGGAAGCUGAGUCUGACUGAGGUGGAGGGGCUGGCAGAUCUGAUCCAUGCAGAGACUGAGGCACAGCGGCGGCAGGCCCUGCGGCAGCUGGAUGGGGAACUGGGACGCCUGUGCCAGGACUGGGCCAAAACGCUCACCAUGGCACUGGCCCAUGUGGAGGCCUAUAUCGACUUUGGUGAGGAUGACAAUGUGGAGGAAGACGUCCUGAAGCGAGCGGACAGUGCCGUGCGGGGACUGGAGGUGGCACUGGGCACACAUCUACGAGAUGCACGACGUGGACAGCGGCUCCGCUCAGGGGCGCAUGUCGUGGUUGCUGGCCCUCCCAAUGCUGGCAAGAGCAGCCUGGUGAACUUGCUCAGCCGGAAGCCUGUGUCCAUCGUGUCCCCAGAGCCAGGCACCACCCGUGACGUUCUGGAGACCCCUGUGGAUCUGGCUGGGUUCCCAGCACUGCUGAGCGACACGGCAGGGCUGCGUGAGGGCGUGGGGCCUGUGGAACAGGAGGGUGUGCGGCGUGCCCGUGCAAGGCUGGAGCAGGCUGACCUCAUCCUGGCUGUGUUGGAUGCCUCUGACCUGGCUUCCCCCUCCAGCUGCAACUUUCUGGACACUGUUGUGGCUCACCUAGGAGCCCAGAGCACCAAUGGGAGCAACCAGCGCCUCCUGCUGGUGCUGAACAAGUUGGACCUACUGCCCUCUGAGAGCCCAGGCCUUAGUCGCAAUAUGCCUCCCCACCUGCUGCUGUCCUGCCUGACUGGGGAGGGGCUGGACAGCCUCUUGGAAGCACUGAGGAAGGAGCUGGCUGCAGUGUGUGGGGACCCAUCCACAGGCCCGCCGCUCCUGACACGUGCAAGGCACCAACAUCACCUGCAGGGCUGCCUGGAUGCCCUAGGUCACUACAAGGAGGCGAGAGACCUGGCCUUGGCAGCUGAGGCACUGCGCAUCGCCCGUGGGCACCUGGCCCGCCUCACAGGGGGAGGGGGCACUGAAGAGAUCCUGGACAUUAUCUUCCAGGACUUCUGUGUGGGCAAGUGA